AUGCUGCCUUCUAUGCCAAUCCUGUUUAAUAGAGAUAGUCAGGAUGCUUUUGGUAAUAAAAUUGAGCCAAGCACAAGCUUUUUCAAUGCGAGUUUUACUCCACAACCUGUUAUCUUACCACGGCCCCCACCCCAGAAGGCUGCACUACCAGUUGCGAGAGUAACACCAAAGGAAUCCAAAAGCAAAACAAGCACUAAGAAAAAAGUUGAUCCGCCUAAAAUUGAUGACAAUGUUUUAGAAACAGCUUUAGUUAGAUCUUAUUACACAAAAGUACAAUCAAGGUUUUCCUCCAACACAUCUGUGCCUACUAACAAAUUUGUACAGUUUCAAAAUAUAUUAAAAUCCUUCGACCCCUCUAAAGAAACUCCCGUAGACUUGUAUAAGAGAAUAGAGAGUUUAUUUGGUGCAGAACACAAGGAUAUUGUUGAAGAGUUCCUCUUAUUUCUGAAACCAGGACAAGCCGUUGAGAUUGGACGAUUUAUGGAUCAUUUCAUGUUAGUUCAACUCACCAGUUUCAUAGAAAUGUUGCAAAGGUCAUUCUCACGGAAGCCAACAGUACAUCGAAAAGUAUUGCGCGCGAUAACAAAUGGUAUCAACAGUGGCAGCCCAGAAGAGAUGCGCGCUCGCGUCCUACCGCACUUGCGUUCCAACCCACGUCUCGCUAAUAUGUUCAAGUCCUUGUUCCCUGAUGAACGACCACCAGAUAGUUUGUACGAGACCGGAACUGACAUCAUAAACGAGAGCUUCCUCACGUGUGAUAAAGGCUAUGAUGUGUGGGAGUUCCAGGACGAGAGUGAUAAUAAAAAGAAAUUAGAUGCCAAGGAGAGUCUGGACACAAUAUACCUCCACGGGAGAGUGUUCCUUCAACAUGGCAGACUCUUGCGGUCUGCAUGUGUCACAUACCCCUACAGCAAGGAGCCGUACCGGGUACAUGCACGACGACUCGCUCCCACACACUCACACCUCUCUCCGCCACACUCCGAAGACGAACGAGCCUCCCCCAAACGAAACGCCAAGAACAAUCCCAAAAUCCCACCGAAAAAAGCCAAGAAACAAUUAAACAAGUCUCCUACUAAAAAUAUCAAAGACGUUAAUGAUAACACGAAACAUAAAGACUGCACUGUUAACAUAUUGAGUCCAAAAACAAGCAAAAAGUCUCAAAAUACCAAUAAAACUAAAAGUUUAAAAAAGGAACUCGAAAACAAAGACAGUAUACAAAAAAGGGAAAGGAAGGACAGCAAAGGUCAUACUGUUCAGAAGAAAGACGAAGGUUCGAAGCCGAAACAACCGAAAAUCGAGAUUCCUAUCGUCGUUGAACCUAAGAAAGUUGAGAAAAACAAUAGUUGGACGAGGGAUGAGGAUAAAACCAUGUUACAAGUGCUAAAAGGUGAGGCUGGUUCUGAACAGGUGUUUGGCCGUAUAAGGGAACUGCUGCCCCACCGCUCAGCUUCUGAAAUAAAAGAACGAUUUUGUCAUGUUAUGACUUUGUUACAACAGAUGGCUGUUGGUGAAGUUACUUAG